AUGCGACAGAACGAGAACUUGAUGCUGAUCGGAGACAGUGUGGUCUUGGUGCCGUACAAACAUGAACACGUGCUGCAAUAUCACGAAUGGAUGAAGUCGCCAUUCCUCCAGGAAAUGACGGCGUCUGAACCUUUGACACUGGAAGAAGAAUACGAGAUGCAGCAAUCAUGGCAUGAAGACGAAAGAAAAUGUACCUUUAUCCUUCUUGCGUUACCGAAAGAUCAACCGACAAAACUUUCUGCCAUGUCGCCGCAUGAUAUCAAGCAAACAGCGAUAAUGAUCGGAGACGUCAAUAUAUUUCUCAACGAUCGGGAUGAUGAUUUGACCUUUGGGGAAAUCGAGAUUAUGAUCGCAGAAGAAGGCUAUCGACGUCAAGGACGAGGUUUGGAAGCGUUGCGACUGAUGAUGGCAUAUGCGUCCGCCGAGCUCGGUUUGCGUACAUUUCAUGCCAAAAUUUCGUUGGCGAAUGAACCCAGUAUCGAGCUUUUCAAAAAGAAGCUCGCUUUUUACCCAGUAUCCAUCUCCAAUGCAUUUCAAGAGAUCACUCUGGAAUGGUCGAUCAAUAAUCCUCCUUCAGUAAUUGGCGAGGACGAAGAAGAACCUUACGGAUUCAAAGCUACACCUGAACAAAAAACUGCCAUCAAUGCAAUGCGCGAAGACUUGAUAUCCUAUUGGAAUACAGGGGUUCGAAAAGUAGACUGGGAGUAA